UGUAGAACUGGGUGACGUCACAGUCGCUGUUCUGAGCUCCUCUAUUAAAUCCUGAUGGAAUAAAAGUUCGGGUUUGGUGAAGCUGCUCUGUUUUCACCUCUUCACUCAUCAUGGCUGAGAAACAGAAGAGACGUGAGAACCAACGUGCUUCUUUAAUGCAGAGAUUCUUUUGUUGGCCGGUUUGUCUGACCCGUCCUCGGACGUCUUCUCAGGACGACCUGAAUGAGGACAGCAGACAGAAAUACGAUGUGGACAGAGAGAACAGGAUCGUUAUGGAGGGAUUUCUGUUCAAGAGGGCCAGCAAUGUGUUUAAGACAUGGAACAGGCGCUGGUUUAUGAUUAAGGACAAUCAGCUCAUUUACAAGAGCAAGUCUAAGCGUGAGGCGACUGUGCUGAUAGAAGAUGUGAGAUUGUGUACGAUUGAACACUCUGAGAACAUCAGACACAGCUUUCACUUCCAGCUGGUUUCACCCACUAAGAGGUGUUUUUUGAAAGCUGAUUCGGAGGAGAUUGAUGAAAGUAAUACAGAACAUCAUUACCAAGCCUGAUGAUGCUGACAGAUCAGACAGC